AGGGUUUUCCGCAGAAUGGAUAAAGACGGAAGCAAACAACUUAACAAAGAAGAGUUUUACGCGGGCAUCAAAGAAACUGGAUUGGACAUAAGCCAUGAGGAUGCAGAGAAAUUGUUCGCUCAGUUCGACACAACCAACAACGGUUCCAUCAGUGUCGAUGAAUUUAUUAAAGAGAUUCGUCCUCCGAUGAAUGACGGCCGCCGUGCUAUAGUCGAACGGGCGUUCAGGAAAUUGGAUAAAACUGGAGAUGGGGUCAUUGCCACAGAAGAUCUCCGUGGUGUUUACUCGAGCGAUGCAAACCCAAGGUACAAGAGCGGUGAAGAGACCGAAGAACUGCUCAUUGGAAAAUUCCUAGCUAACUUUGAGAGCGAGGGCACCGUUGAUGGCAAGGUAACACUUGAGGAGUUCAUGAACUACUACAGCGGCAUCAGCGUGUCCAUGGAGGACGACUGCUACUUUGAUCUUGUAAUGCGGCAGGCCUACAAGCUCUAGAGAUCAGACCAGAAGCAUGGACCUAAAAUACCAAAUUAACAUCGCUAAGACAAAGACUGU